AUUUUUCACUGAUAAUUAACGUUUUUUGUUUAUUUAAAUUUUUUUUGUCAAUCUGACAAAAUAAGUAAAUUGUCGGUUUUGUGUAUAUUUCCGUGUAAUCUUUUUUGUGAAUUUUUGUUAAUUAAAUGAGAAUGACGGAAGAGAAGGAAAAAAAAGCGGUGUUUAGUAGUGAGGAUAAAGAUCACUUGGCAGAAACAAUUAAGAAGAUCACCAAGAACAAUAAAAAGGGACAAAUUUCUAAAGAUGAUUGGGUACAAAUCACGAAAGACUUCAAUUCAGGACAAACUGGUGGAAUCAAAACAAAAACCCAACUGAUGACAAAGUUCAAAAAUAUGAAAGCUAAACAGAAGUCAAAUCUGUCAAAUAAUGCACGUGAGAUAAAACAAACAGGCGGUGGCUCAGCAAAAAUUGUUUCCGUUGAAGACGAGCAGCUUUUUGGAUUCGGGGAUUCACAAAUUUUGGGCUUAAACAAUCCAGUGGACGAUGAUUCACCUGAAAUCGUUGCAGAUUCGGCACCAGUUUUCAUCCAAUCACCAACAAAGAAUUCGAAGGAUGAAGAAGAAAUCAAGCCUUUGCUUAGGCCCGGAUUAAAGCGGAAAUUCAAUAAUGAGUCAGAGCUGUUAUUCUUGAGGAAGCGCAAUUUGCAACUUCAAAAUUUGUAUUUAGAAAGAAAAAUACAAAAAAUUGAUGAAACGUUGGCAGGAACCAGUGGUUCUAUCAAUUCUAAUAUUCGUAGAAUUGAAUCAGAUACAUCUAGCUCGGAUUAAGUUCUAGUAAUGUACAAUUGUAUUUAAU